AAAUAUAAAGGUCAUCAUCUAUAUAUAUCUUUAAUUCUUUUCCUCUUUUCACCUUAAAUAAUUUUGUACUUAACUCAACCGCCACCAUCUCCACCUCCUCCUAUUUCCACUUUUCUAUUACCACACAACCCAAAUAUACACUAAAAACCAAAAAAAAAAAACCCAAAAAUUGAAGUAGAAAAAUAUUUGAUAUGUUGAAUUAUCAAACACCUAAUACUACUACUAACAGAGAAAAUAAUCAUGAUGAAGAAGAACAAAUCAGAGACAUCCAUGCUCUAACUCCACCAAGACCUCCAUCAAAUCGUGGCCGUCGAUUAGAAACUUGGGAAACAAGUAGCCAGAGAUCAUCGUCGAUUUCUGACGUAGCAUCAAGCGAGAAUUUCUCUACCAUGAGCCGGGAAUUCAACGCCCUCGUUCUCGCGGGAUCGUCGAUUAGCAACCAUCACGGGAGCGAGAACGAGGUCAAUAAUCAUACAUACAAUAACAGUAAUAAUUUGGGAAGAAUCGGCGAACACGACGAUGAUGUGCCGAUAGAAGAAACAAAUCCACUAGCUAUUGUGCCGGAUAAUUAUAGUAAUCCUUUGAAUCCGAUUAUUAUUAAUCCUUCUUCUUCGUCUCCGAGAAGAAGGAUUAAUAAUAGUAAUAAUUUUUCUAGACAUAUUGGAGAAGUUAAUAGUGUUCAAAGGGUGAAAAAAGAAGAAGUUGAAUCGAAGAUUAAUGCAUGGCAAAAUGCUAAAAUUUCGAAGAUUAAUAAUAGAUUUAAACGUGAAGAUGCUGUUAUUAAUGGAUGGGAAAGUGAAGAGGUACAAAAAGCUACUUCUUGGAUGAAGAAAAUUGAGAGGAAGCUGGAGGAAAAGAGAGUAAAAGCCCUAGAAAAAAUGCAGAAUGAUAUAGCAAAAACACACAGAAAAGCAGAGGAAAAAAAGGCAUCUGCAGAAGCAAAAAGAGGAACAAAAGUAGCAAAGGUUGUUGAAAUUUCGAAUUUGAUGAGAGCUGUUGGUAGAGCUCCAGCUAAACGAUUCUUCUUUUAAUCAAGGAUCGUUAUUUUGGUAGACUGUCUACGUCAUACCCCUUGGGAUGAGGAUUCUACACGAUAUGAUGUUUUGUGCACAAAAAUAGUUUAUAUAUAUAUAUAUAUAUAUAUAUAUAUAUAUAUAUAUAUGUGUGUGUGUGUGUGUGUGUUUGGAAUUAAUAGUUGUAUGUUAAUUUGUCUAUAGAGAUGCCCUUCUAUUUUUUAAAUGAUUGGGUAGUCCUAUUGACAUAUAAAAAGUAUUAGAAUUAAGACUUUCUCCUAUUGGGAAUUUUAAGUGAUUUGUGUGAUAACACUUUUGUACGAUUUUGAGAAGUUAAAUGCAGUUUCAAUGAGCUUAAGAAGAAGAUAUGUGAAUGUACCAUUAUAUUCA